AUGGCGCAGACUGGUGUCAACCCUCAUGCAGCUGCAGACUUGCUAAGACAAGCCAUGGCUCAAAACAGUGCGAGACAUGAAGGCCGAGAAGAUCUCCAUGAUCACAUCGGUUCCAAUUCUCCUACACCCUCCGGUGUCGAAACCCCUCGACCUGACCUCCACGAUAAGCGCCUCCCUGGAAUAAUGAGCUACUUUGGCCAGGUGGGUAGAGAUCCUUCUCAAAAUACACCAUCACGGUCAUCUCAAGUCUCUGCGUACCCUGAAUCCAACCAGAACUAUUCCCCUUCUUCUGUUCAGCCCUCGAAAGAGAAAGGAAAAAAGCGCAUGUCCUCGUCUGCUUCUAUCGGUUCGAUGGUGAUGGUCGAACGGGAGCAGACAACAGUGCCCACACCACCGCCAGAGGACUUUCAUGAUGAGCAUGAGUCUCUCGUAAAUGUACCUGAAACAGAUCCUUCUCGCUUGCCUCCUACACCCAUCUCGUCGGCCGCAUCCGUUGUGCACCGAGACGGUGAAGUCGCGGAGAAUGGAUCUUCCAUGGUGGACAGUGGCAUGGCCUCCAUUACGCAAGCAUUGAGAAACUUCGUGCUACCAAAGUCAGCGUUUGGAAUGAAAGAACGCCGCCACCAGUCCUUACCUGUUUCAAGCGUCACCAAAAGCACUGUCACCGCAGCUCACAUAUCCAACCCCACCUCGUCAACACAGUCCUCCCGACCGCAUUCCCCUCCAUCUUCAUCUCCAAGUUCUGCUAAGCUCCCAUCAUCUCAAACUGUGCCAGAGAAUCAUGAGCUAACUUCGAGCGUGGCCACCGUGCCGCGUGAUAAGAGUACCCCUCCGCACACUCCACGAGCCUUAUCGCAAGAAGAUCGAAGAGACCAAACUCGCUCUCCCCUUUCGAGUACGAGCACCGCGGCUGGUGAGAACACAGCUCCACAAGCGGAACCUGAGCCACAGACACAAAAGCAGUUGCGUACUGACCUUCCCUCCGUUUCCUCCCCACGAGGCAAGUUAUCAAUCAAGAUCGCCGAAGGUCGAAAUUUGAAGCCCUCAGUUGACCCCUAUGUUGUGGUCCAGUUUGAGUGGAAUGAGUAUGUUUCCAAGGGGCCCCGACAGGACAAGAUGGACGUCGAUAGCGAUUCAAAGGGUCCAGUAGCUUCUUUACAGUCUGUCCCCAUCCGAAGAACUGACAGUGAUAUGGGUAAACCAAUGGCCAUCCCCAUGCGAAGCCGUCAGAGUAGCACGAAUGGAGAGGAUCGACCCCUUGAAAAGGUCACCGACCCUCAAUGGGAUCGCGAAGCCAAUUUCGAUGUUGUCAGCCAACGGUCGGAACUUGAUGUUACAGUUUAUGACCGUCAUUCAGACUCAUUCCUGGGGCACGUCCGUCUUUGUCUGUUGUUGACUGAACAAAACCCAAACUUGGAAGGAUUCUUCCGACUUGAACCACGAGGAUCACAGGACCAAGACAUCACAGGAGAAAUUCACAUCCGGAUGCACUUUUCAAAGGUUGAAAAGCGACACUUUGGACCCAAUGAUUUCCAUAUCUUGAAAUUGAUCGGCAAAGGUACUUUUGGCCAGGUAUACCAAGUCCGAAAGAAAGAUACUCAACGUAUCUACGCGAUGAAAGUUCUGUCAAAGAAAGUGAUUAUUCAGAAGAAAGAAAUUCAACACACCAUUGGAGAACGGAACAUCUUGGUCAGGACAGCCACGACAGACUCACCUUUCAUCGUUGGUUUGAAAUUCUCUUUCCAAACCCCUACAGACCUGUAUUUGGUUACCGACUUCAUGUCUGGUGGAGAGUUGUUCUGGCAUUUGCAAAAGGAAGGACGCUUCAAGGAAGAUCGUGCCAAGUUUUAUAUUGCCGAGCUGAUCCUAGCGCUGAAACACCUGCAUGAUCAUGACAUCGUCUACCGAGAUCUGAAGCCGGAAAACAUCCUAUUAGAUGCAAAUGGUCAUAUUGCUCUUUGUGACUUUGGUCUAUCAAAAGCAAAUCUCACGCAAGAUGAUACCACCAAUACCUUCUGUGGAACCACGGAAUAUCUGGCACCUGAAGUCCUAUUGGAUGAGCAGGGUUACACUAAGAUGGUUGACUUCUGGUCGCUUGGUGUACUUGUUUUUGAAAUGUGCUGUGGCUGGAGUCCAUUCUAUGCCGAGGAUACCCAACAGAUGUAUAAAAAUAUUGCAUUCGGAAAAGUCCGAUUCCCAAGAGAUGCAUUGAGUACCGAAGGCAGGAAUUUCGUCAAGGGCUUGCUCAAUCGCAACCCUAGACAUCGAUUGGGUGCAAAUCGGGAUGCACAGGAAUUGAUUGAGCAUCCAUUCUUUGCCGAUGUUGACUGGGACGCCCUUGCCAAAAAGAACCUGGUACCCCCAUUCAAACCCAAAUUGAGCUCGGUUUCAGAUACAUCAAAUUUCGACCCAGAGUUCACCAAUGCGCUCAACACAUCGUCAUCAUUGAAUGCUCGAGCUGCUGCAUUGGCUGCAGGAGCCGCACCAGCCUCAACACCACUUUCACCCACCAUGCAAAAUGCUUUCCAAGGAUUCACAUUUGUCGAUGAGAGCACAUUGGAACAGGAAUUCCGUGGUUCGAGAGCCCCUGAAGAUGACAGAGUGGAUGAGACACACCUAUCUCGUUCGAGGACCCAUGAACAUAGGAUGAGCGGAGUCCAAAAGACCGGUGAUGAUGGAUUUUUCUUUGAGGAAUAA